UGCCCCCCCCCCAUUCCCGGUGUCACCCGGGGGUCCCCCCCCCAAUCCCGGGGGUCUCCCCGGUGCCGCCCCCUCCCCAAUGGAGAACUUCCAGAAGGUGGAGAAGAUCGGCGAGGGCACCUACGGCGUGGUCUACAAGGCGCGCAACAAGGUGACAGGGGAGGUGGUGGCCCUCAAGAAGAUCCGCCUGGACACGGAGACCGAGGGUGUCCCCAGCACGGCCAUCAGGGAGAUCUCGCUGCUCAAGGAGCUCAACCACCCCAACAUCGUCAAGCUGCUGGAUGUCAUCCACACGGAGAACAAGCUGUACCUGGUGUUCGAGUUCCUGCACCAGGACCUGAAGAAGUUCAUGGACUCCUCGUCCCUCAGCGGGAUCGCGCUGCCGCUCAUCAAGAGUUACCUGUUCCAGCUGCUGCAGGGCCUGGCUUUCUGCCACGACCCAACAUCGUGUUCUCGCACCGAGGCACAACUGGAUUUGGAGGUGUUUCAGGGGUUUGGGGGCUCCAUCAAGCUGGCUGACUUUGGGCUGGCCCGCGCUUUUGGGGUGCCUGUCAGGACCUACACACACGAGGUGGUGACACUCUGGUACCGCGCCCCCGAGAUCCUGCUGGGCUGCAAAUAUUACAGCACAGCCGUGGACAUCUGGAGCCUGGGCUGCAUCUUCGCCGAGAUGAUCACGCGCCGGGCGCUGUUCCCCGGUGACUCCGAGAUCGACCAGCUGUUCCGCAUUUUCCGCACCCUGGGCACCCCGGACGAGGCCGCCUGGCCGGGGGUGUCGGCGCUGCCCGAUUACAAGGCCACCUUUCCCCGCUGGGCCCGCCAGGACCUGGCCAAGGUGCUGCCGCCGCUGGACGACGAGGGACGCAAGCUGCUGGCGCAAAUGCUGCACUACGACCCCAACAAGCGAAUCUCGGCCAAGGCCGCCCUGGGCCACCCCUUCUUCAGGGACGUCACCAGAGCCGUGCCCCACCUGCGCCUCUGACCCCAAAACCGCCCCAAAUCCCCCAAAACCGCCCCAAAUUAUCACAAAUCCCCAAAAACGGCCCCAAAACGUCCUCAAAAAUGGCCCCAAAUCCCCAAAAACGACCCUAAAACUCCUCAAAACAGUCCCAAAUCCCCAAAAUGAUCCCAAACCCCCUCAAAUCUUCAAAAACGACCCCAAAUCCCCUCAAAAACGACCCCAAAUUCCCCCUAAAUGACCCCAAACCCAGCCCCAAAUCCCCUCAAAAACCACCCCAAAAACGACCCUAAAACCACCCCAAAAUGACCCCAAAUCCCCCAAAAUAUCCCCUAAACCCUCCGAAACAGCCCCAAAACAACCCCCAAAAUCCCCAAAUGGCCCCAAAUCCCCCCAAAAUGUCCCUAAAAUUCUUCCAAGUGUCCCCAAAAAUCCCUCAAAUGUCCCUAAAAUAACCCAAAAUGGCCCCAAAAUGAUCCUAAAAUCCCCCAAAAAUUCCCUCUAAAACUUUUCCGAAUGUCCCCAGGACCCCCAAAAUGUCCCCAAAACACCCCCAAAUUGUCCCCAAAUGUCCCAAAUUUUCCCGAAAAAUUUUUUUGGUAAUUUUUAG